AUGGACAUUGACGAGUGUCAACACGAUGUUUGCGACCCGGACUCGACGUGCGUCAACUCGCCGGGGUCCUUUUCCUGCGAAUGCAAGCCUGGUUUGCUGGAUUCCUCGCCGGCCGCUGCUGGUGCCAAGAACAAAUGCAUGCACCCGGGUUGCGAGCACCCCUGGGUGUACCACAACGGGUUCUGCUAUUGGGCCUCGCAAGAAACAGCCGCCUUGAGCGACGCCAGGGAAAAGUGUUCGGAACUGAACGCCACCCUGGCGUCUGUUUUGGACCCCGCGGAAAAUUCCUUCUUGGGUUUCCACGCAGUGCAGUCUCUCACUUGGUGA